GGCCAAAAGAUUUUCCGCGCCUACAUCUGCUUCUCGCGCGCCAAAAUCUCGGAGCAAUCUCUUGUGGUCACGUCAAUGGCACCGACGACGAGGGCUGGAGCUCGACGUGCCCUCUUCGUGGACGAGUCCACAGCUGAUGAACCUUCUGACGCGUGCUCACGUACGAAUGAAGACAAUGGUAGGGCUAGGAGGAAGAGAAGAAGGUCUCUCGAUGUAUUCUCAUAUGCAUAUGAACAAGAUGUCAUAUUGAGGAAAAGAAUGGCCAAGUUCACUGCAAUGUUUGGUUGCAUUUUUUUCAUGGUCAUGUUUAUGUUUGCUUAUGAGGAAGAAGAAGAGGAAGAAGAUGAUGAUGUGUCUACUGAAGAGGAAGAAGAUGAAGAAGACAAUGAUGUGUCUACUGAAGAAGAUAAAGAUGAUGUGUCUACUGACAUUCAAGAAGAAGAGGAAGAUGAUACAUACUAUCUUGAUGCUGAUCUCCUGGAGUGUUCUUUGGAUUGCUUGAAAGCAGUGAAGGCAAGGAUCCGUCGUGAACUAGGUCCGGGCAAUGUGAUCUGCGAUGAAGUCAUUGAUAUGUUUGAACAUGACCUGGAUAUAGAUCAAGACGAGCUGAAGACUGCUCAUGACAUGUUUGCCUCUAAGGACAGGAAGUUCAGGUCGCUGAUGGCACUUUCUAUGGAUAUGAGGAGGGAUUGGCUGUUGAUUCAUAUCAGGAAGCUGUGAAGUUACUGAUCAGCUCAAUCUUAACAGUAGUGCUAGUAAUCGUCUACCUGGUUGCUAUGGGCUAUGGCUUGUUCUGACGUUUAGCCUACGAUGUUCAUCGCUGGUUACCCUUUUCCUAUGGUCAAAUAUGAAUGCUACAUAUUAUGCAUUGGUCGUUCAUAUGAUUGGACGCUUGAUGGAUGUUGAACAAUGGCUUUGGUCAAUGAUAUGAAAAACCCUUGGUAGUAA